AUGAAGCAUGGCAGCGUCUAUUUGGGCGGCCUCUCACGGGGCGACACCCCGCCGAAGGAGAUCCCCACGGUGGGGGCUGGUGGGCGGCCGAAGAUUUCUGAGAUGACGAAGAAGGAGAUGGAAAAAGGCUGCCCCUACGCCCGGGAUGAGAAUGCCAGAUGUCCUGCCCGACAUGAAGGGAUGGCUUUGGAUGUCAUCAGCAAGCUUGAUGUGCCACCAGGGCCACUUCAAUUCCACAAGGACAUGGUGGAGUCCUGUGCAUGUCCUGUGGACGUGGACAUGGACUACGACCGCUCGCUGCUGACGGAGGACUUAGACCGAGCGCAGCCCUUAUUGUCACAUCCCACCAGCUUCACGGGAGCACCGAUCCCCUGGAAAGACGUGCAGAAACCUCCGCUGGACGAAGAGGUGCCCAAGAGCCGUUCCAACCCGCUGUAUCCUCCAGUGAAGCGUCGACCACGAAGCUUGGCAGUGGUCUUCUGCGCGUGCGCCGUGCGGCGUCCGGUGCCAAGGAAUGGAGACUUGUCGUUGAAGACCUCGGACAUCGACUACGCUCAACCCAAGAAGCCCAUCGUCAGUGAACGUCGCCGGUCCAACUGCAUCGUGGACCUCUUGACGCUCGUUCCGGCAUCAGGGAGUGGGGCUGGGGAGGGCUUGGGCUCGAACGAGCGGCUGGGCUGGGCUGAAGAGCGCGCCGCGAACGUGCGGGUUUCGGUCUCGCUCCGGGAGUUUCGAGGUGAACAAAUGGUGGCCAGGUUCCGGAACCCUCGUCACCACUCAGUUCUGGCCGCCGCCUCUGCCAGCCUGCUGAACACUGGCAGCCUCUCCGCGCGCGGCCCGCGCGCCUCUGAGCGCGCAGGGCUGGAGCGCUGGGAGGUGAAUCCAUUGAAGGUUGGACAGCGGCAAGGGCAUCCAUUGAGCCCAAGGUACCAUUUGCCGGUGGCUGAAGCAGGGACCUCCAUGCACGUCCGCUUUCAAUGCGAGAGGCUGCUUUCCCUGCUCGGUGCUUCGGGGACUGCACUGGUCCGGCGGCCCGACCGUGAAAUGAUCGGUGAGAGCCGCAGUUCAACCUUUGCACGGAGGAUGUCCCUGGCGCCCAGCCUCGACGGCGCGUCGGAGUACUGCCAGUGCAAUCGUCCGCAGAGCAACUCCCUGCAGAACGCCGACAUCGAAGGUGCUCAGGCAGACACCCGGAUGACAGUGCUUCGGCGGAGGGAUCGAGAACCCGGCCGCGUGGCCGACCCGCCCAGGGGGGUCCUGGUCGGCGGCGCUGAGGAUUUGGCCGCCUUGUUGGAAGAGAAGGAAGUGCUGCGAGGUGGGCGGCAGAUGCACGGCGUGAACCUGGAGGCUCGCAUGGAUGCGCUACAAGACGCUAGAGGGACGACUGUGCUGCACACCAUUCGCGCCAGGGUCUUGAAGGCCUCGGAGCAGCUGCAGACCUUGGCGAAGCUGCGGAAGGUCGAAGCUGGAAAGGCUCAACGAGACUGGGAGCGCAAGGCCAUGUGUGUGCUGGUGGCCUGGGCCUUUCCGGAACUCCUGGCGGAGGCCGUUCCUCCUAAGGAGGAUGGCGCCCGUAAGCGGGGGCGUCCGUACGCGCUGCAGUGCGGCUCGGAAGUCUUCGUGGAGCACAAGGACGCUUUGGCCGAGCAUGAGCUGUUGACGGUGGCUUCGGCCACCAACGGCAAGGUCUUUUGGGCGAUGCCCGCCACGGCGCCGCUCCUCAAGGACUUCGGCAUCGAUGCGCAACACCCCGUGGAGCACAAGGUCACAGUUCCGUUUAACUCACGCGAGGGCCAGUCACGGCGCUCCUGGGCCAUGGCUGAUUCGGAGGCCCCUGAGGCCAGUACUCGAUUGCUGGAGGCGGAGACAAAAAGCAUGGUGGUCAUUGGCAUUGGCUACCUUUUUCCCAUUGCUGCCAUUUGGGCUGCCUUCGACUACUGGAAGCUGCUUUUUCCCGAUCAGAAUGUGGAGUUCGCGGUGACAGCCUUGUACCAGGCAGGUUCCAUCUUGACGGUGAUCGCCUUGUCCUUCGUCGAGACCUUCCAGUUUGGGCCGCGGAUUUUGGGCGGUUUUGGUGGUCAAUUCCUUUGCCUUUCUGCCAUCCUUGCAUUCAAGUGGCUCCCAUGGUCUCCUUCCAUUCUAUAUGACUUGCUGCUGGGUGUGGUGUUGCUAUGCUCGGUGGCCACCGGCUAUCUGGACUCGGCACUGCUGUCGCUGUGCUCACAAUACAGCUCCAAGAUGCAGGCAUACUUGCAGAUUGGUUUGGGCUUUGGUACCCUGGUCUCCGUGGCCUACCGCGACGUCACGAAGCUGGUGUCCUCGGAGGUCUCCGUGGCCUCCACAGCGUUCUUCGUCGUGGCCUUGGCCACGGUGCUGGUGUGUAUCUCUGCUUAUCGCUUGCUGAUGCUCCUGCCCGCCUCACGGCAUCUCUCCGAUGCUGCACCUGGCGCCUCCAGCUACGGCGCAGUGUCGGACACCGCGAAGGGCUCCGGAGCGGCGAGCGGUGCGACGGUCGGGGCGGUGCUGUCAGUGGUGUGGUUCAAUCAGCUGGUGAUCUUUGGGAACUUCUUCCUCACCACCUUGUGCUACCCAGGGCUGAUCACUGCGAUUCCUUGCAAGCAGAUGAAGUCGUUGGAUGUGGACCAAUGGUUUCAAACGAUUCUCUUGACGGUGUUUGCCAUGUUCGACAUCGUGGCACGCUUUUGCACACACAUUCGCUUCGGCCUUGACCAUGGAAAUAUCCAGUACACGGUCCUGCUCCGAGCCCUCUUGGUGCCUUUGAUGCUGACUUGUGCCGUUGGAACGACCAGCGAUCUUUGGUCCAUGGUGGCCGUCGCGGCGUUUGGUUUGUUGAAUGGCUAUAGCGGAUCCUUGUCGCUGAUCGUCAUCAACGAGAUCCCUGGCCUCACCGCGGAGCAGCGGAAGAAUUGCGGUCGAUUGACACUGUCAAUGCCCGAAGUGCGCCGCUUCUUGAUUGGUCAGGACUCCACCGUGAACUCAGAAGAGGAGCUCAUUGCCCUCUUGGGUUCGCAGCCAAAUGAGUUCCCCCCGCGGGAUGUCACGGAUCUCAUGUGGGACCUCGCGCGGACGCAGCCGGCGCAGCCACGGAGUCACUCCGGGUUGCUGGUGGAUCUUCUUCAUCGGAUCGUGCUGUGGCGACGCGAGGAGUUCGCCGUCACGGAGCUGGCCGAAGUGGCCUGUGCCUUGGCCAGUGCCCGUGUCCAUGAGCCCGAAGGCUUUCACCAGUUGGGCGAGGCCAUCUACCCGAACUUGCAGGCACUGCCCGUGGACAACGAGGGUGGCAACUUGUGCUCGUUGCUUUGGGCGUUCAGCGAGGCAGGCAUCUUGCAUGGGGCGCUCUUUGACGCCCUGGUGGAGCGCGCGGUGGAACUCAUGGUCCAGUUCCAGCCCAAGGUCUUGUCGGACGUCCGCACGACGUGCUUUUGGUCCUUCCGCCGGGCCUCUGCAAGUUCGUGGGGACGAGGCGAUGCUCGACAGGGAGGUCGACGAGACUUUGCCUCGAGCGAGUUUUAUGAUCGCCUCGUGCCCCGCUAA